UCUCUCUCUCUCUUGCUUUAAUUCUCCAACACGAGAAGUUAAAUUAAUUUUAAGUGUGAGUUGGGUAAUUGUUGGAGGGUCUAUUUUCAGUCCAUAAAUACCUGUCUACUAGGCCAACCCACUUCCAUAUUUGCAACCUCUUAAUCUGAGUUUCAGCUGAGUGAUAAGCCUUGUUUGCUUCAUUCUCUCAUCCAAAAAGAUUCUCUUUUCAUGAUGGAGCUUCCAAUUGAUCAAGUUCAAGAAGGGUCUUCUUCUCAGAAGAAGAUGGGAAGAGGGAAAAUUGAGAUCAAGCGGAUCGAGAACACCACAAAUAGGCAAGUCACCUUCUGCAAGCGCCGCAACGGUUUGCUGAAGAAAGCUUAUGAGCUAUCUGUUCUGUGUGAUGCUGAAGUUGCUCUCAUUGUCUUCUCAAGCCGUGGCCGCUUGUAUGAGUAUGCCAACAACAGUGUUAGAGGAACCAUUGAUAGGUACAAGAAAGCAUGUGCUGCUUCAUCAAACACAGAAUCUGUUUCUGAAGCUAAUACACAGUUUUACCAGCAAGAAGCAUCCAAAUUGAGAAGACAGAUUCGAGAUAUUCAGAAUCUAAAUAGGCAUAUCCUUGGUGAAGCUCUUGGCAAUCUGAGUCUCAAGGAACUGAAGAACCUCGAGGGUAGAUUGGAGAAAGGUUUAAGCAGAGUUAGAUCUAGAAAGCAUGAGACAUUGUUUGCUGAUGUGGAGUUCAUGAAAAAACGGGAAAUUGAGCUGCAAAACCAUAACAAUUAUCUGCGAGCUAAGAUAGCUGAACAUGAGAGAGCUCAGCAACAGCAACAGCAACAGCAGCAGCAGCAACAGAAUUUGAUGUUGAGCGAGUCAUUACCUUCACAAUCUUAUGAUCGGAAUUUCUUUCCUGCAAAUCUGCUUGGUUCUGAUAAUCAAUAUUCGCGUCAAGACCAGACAGCUCUCCAACUUGUCUGAUGUUGUGCUGGAAAAUCUGAUGGAAGUACUUCAACAAUCUUCAUAUGGUUUAACUAUUUGAAUAACUGUAUUUAAUUCCUAUAUAGUGGAGACCCUAUACUAGUGCCUUUAGAAAUUUACUUUACUAAAUUUCUUCCUUAAGUACUAGAAAUUAAAGAACCAUCACAUACUCUAUACAAUAGUGUUUUGUAUCUUUUAAAUUAAGAACUUGUUAUAAACCCCCACUCUCUGUAUUAUUCUCUGUCAUUUUAGGCCUACUGAUACCUGUUGCUUAUAUUAUUAAGCUUUUUCUGAUGAUGAAAGAAACUAAUACUAAAAUCCACCAACACCUUCAUG